GUCCCCACAUUGUUCAGUUCUUUCGGUUAAAAGAUCGAUGAGAUACCGACAUGUUAUUGUCGCCAACACAUGAAGAAGAAAUCACACAACUUGUUGCAUCAGAACUCAAAUCAGCCAAGCAACUACCUAUACGACUUUAUCAAAUCGGCCGGAAAUACCGUGAUGAAGCUAGACCAAGAGCUGGCCUCUUGCGGGGCCGUGAAUUUGUCAUGAAGGAUCUGUAUACAUUCGAUGCAUAAGUAGAAGAUGCUUAUGCUUCGUAUGAUCUCGUUGCCAAAGCAUAUCAGAACAUUUAUUCAUCGUAUUGGUGUACCAUUUGUUGUGGUACGUUGUGCAUUUCUACUACCAUUAG